AUGAAAGUGCUUCCGGACCACGCCGACGACCUGGCGUCGGGUGUGGACCAGCCGCUGACCGUGCGCAUUGACCAGUCGAAGGCUGGUGCAGGGCGCGAGUUUCUGUGCUGCGACUAUAACCGGGACGGCGAGAGCUGGCGCAGCUGGAUCAGUAACACGUGGAAUCCCCCGUUGGAAGAUGCAGCCGACGAAGAAGGGCCUGUGGUGCCGACCGGCAAACUGCGCGAGCUGGAGCUCCAGGCGAACGAUGCAUUUGAAACAUACCGCAAACUGUACUAUGAAACCGGCUAUUCUAGCACCUAUCUCUGGGAUCUAGGUGGCGAUGCUACGAACGAGCUCCCAGCAAACUUUGCGGGAGUUGUCCUGUUCAAGAAGGACCUCGAUAGCUCGUCGGACCCCGAUGCCAAAGGCACGUUUGGUACCUGGGACUCGCUCCAUGUCUUCGAAGUUGCUACGGUGACCGGUACAGAGGGCACCACCUCGGUCCAGAGCGCCAAGUAUAAACUAUCGAGUACGGUCAUGCUGACGCUCGACCGCCGCGAGGGUGGAGUUGGCCCCCUUGGAAACGUUGAUUUGAGCGGCAGUCUUACACGUCAGGAAAUCUACUUUGGCAAGAUGCGCGAUGUUGUAGACCAGCUGCGCAGUCUCGAGGACCUCGAGGCGAGCCGUAAUGCCAAAAAGCUGCAAGAGGAGCUGGUUGCUGGCUGGCAGCGUUGA